AUGAAGAAUAGUCUCAAAUUGUCUCGAUAUAACGCCAGAUCUCAUCAUGAUUAUCAAGAAACUACCUAUAAUGAUUAUUCAGAAACCAAAUGCUCAUCAAUAUGUGCAGGCUGUAAUUGUCAAAUCUACGACCAAUAUUUGCUGAAAGUUGCACCCGACCUCGAAUGGCAUACCCAAUGUCUGAAAUGCUCUGAAUGUGGACUGUUUUUAGACGAAACGGCAACAUGUUUUGUCGUCGAUGGCAAAACAUUUUGCAAAGACGAUUACAUACGAUUGUUCGCAUCGAAAUGUGCCAAAUGUCAAGAAUCGUUUUCUCCGAACGAAUUAUUCAUUCGUACAACAUUCUAUCGUCGUUAUCAUCCGGAUUGUUUUCGCUGUGACCAUUGUGAUCAGCUACUCUUAUCUGGGGAUGAAUAUUAUCUACAUGGACAAAGUCAAAUCCUGUGUCGACAAGAUUUCCAUCAAUUAAAUUUAUCUCAUCAAUCAUUAGGAACAUCAACAGCAGGUAGAUUACAAAAGAAAGAAAAGCGUAUGGCGUGCAUACAUACUUCCAUCCGUUCGGAUGUGACAAUGGCGUGA